UUCAGGUGCUGCGGGUUUGGGCUGGUCCUCGAGCAGUCCCAGUGUGAAGGAGCAAAGGUGAAACCACUCUGCUGCGGAGCCGUUUGCUCGGGAGGGAGCUGCAGGGCUCUUCUUAAACUCCUCCUUACUGGUGUGCAUGAAGCAAAUUGCUUUAGAAAGACAGAUUUGGGCCAUUCAUGUCGGGGAAAGAGGCACGUGUGCUCUGCUGGGAGCCCUAAGGGGAUCUCGGGGGAAACAGCCCUGUUCGAGGGCGUAGCGUAUGUGGUGCAACGUCCCUUAUCGUCUUGCAGUCCUUGCUCUGCAUCCCUCCUGCCCUUCCCUGGCUGUCAGGCAGCUGUGGGGCGCGCGGCAGCUCUGCGGCUGUAAGAUGCCGGUGCCCUCGUCCGACGGGGUGCCCUGCGUGGGCAAGGGGAGCCUGCAGCCGGCAGCAGCUUCUCCUGCAUGCGGGGCUCGUAAGGGGCACCCCGGCUCCCCUGGCCUCGCAGCAGACGGGCGCUCCGCCGGGGCCCACCCGUCCUGGCUGUUAUCUCCGCUCUGCAAUUCUGCCAGGUGCCCGUCUCCUCCUUUCCCGGAGAGGGCAGUUUCUGGAGCUGUGGCCUCUAUCUGUCCCCUACAGUCAGGUGCCUCUGGUCCCACCCCGUGUCCCCCCUCCCCUUCCUCCUGUGGGAUUAGCUGUUUAAAGCAUUUUUUGGAUUCUCGAGGUGAGUUUUGCUCACUGAGCCCUUUGUUCUCGAUUGCUGCCUGCCUGGAGCCCUGCCUGGAGCCCUGCCUGAGCAGCCCAGCCGCUGCACUGGGGCUGCCGACUCCAGCUCACCCGAGGGCUGACCCCUUCCCUGCGAGUAAGGACUGGAGCGGCACCUUUCCAGUGCUAAAAAUUACUUGCAAAGUGAUGCCGUGACACUGCCAGCGUGCCCGUCAGCUGGUCUGCGUCCCCCGCAAGCACCAUCCGAUUUUUUUACACAGUGCUUUUAUAUGUGUAAGCCUGUAAGUAAUUGAGAGGUGCCUUUUCCCCCAUCCCCAAGCAGAGGUGAUUGCUAGGGGAACGAGAGCCUCAGUUCAAGCCCUGGACUGAGCGCGAUGCCCCUAUAUUACAAGUGCCCUAUGCGCUGGGGUGGCCUGAUACCGACUGAGGAUUUGGCUCAGCAUUAGAAUAUCUGAAGGGUCUUGCGUGUGUAAAAUAGGUGAACACCACAAAUUAAAGGUUUUCCAGAAGAAUGGAGCCAUCUCCUGCCCAGCUCCGUUGCUGACUGCUGUCACGGGUGCUGGUGUAAAACUUUCUCCCCUGGACUGCAUCCUGGGAUGCUAAGUGAGCCGUGUCUGCUCUCCGGAGAGAGCCGGGGGCAGCGAGGUUUAUUGCUGGGGAAUCCCUCCUAGGACGGGACUGGGGACUGCGGGGCCGCUCCCCUGAGACAGGUCCCAUCCUCGUGUCCGCUCUGUCUCCCGUGGGAAGCCCUGCCCUGCCCGGGGGAGCCAGCGGAGGAAUCCCGCUUGCUCUUUCAGAAGCCCGUCUCCAGCUCUCCUCCCACCCGCCUCCCUCCGGUUUCAGCUCUUGAAACAAAAUCUGUGGUCUCCAGCAGGGACUUUGCUGUUUGUUUCCCGGGGCACCCCCGGCUCCUCUGCGCGGGGAUGUUUGUGGGAUGCAGCCCUGUGCACACAGCCAGCACAAAUCCUUGAAGCAGCUCUGUACAAACAGUCUGUUGUUCAGGCUGUGGCUUCCCGGGCGUCCCGGCCGUAACAGCUGCUCUCUUCUGUGCUGCAGCCAAAUGCCUCAUCCCGGGGCAGCCACCUUCCCCCGGCCCCUUCCGUCGCACUCUCACCAACCACACAUUGGUGAGAAUUUAGUGCUAGUGGAAAUUUAAAUCUUAAUGGUCUAAUCGCAGAAUUAUUACUAGAUCUAACUGUUACACAAGAAGAAAAUAUUGCUAAAGAAAAAGUUUCAACAAUAACAUAGCUAACACUUGAUUUCUGUAUAUUGAGUCAUUGCUCUUCGUUACCCCUGAAAUCAGUUUUGCCCAACUCCCAAGUUUUCUUUAUCCAGCAGUAAGCGGCCUCUGGAGUUGUGUGACUGCGGGGUUCGUGGUCCUGGUGUCUUCAGGAUGAUCCUGCACCUCUCUCUCAUCCAGUGCCCGUACUCUUCUGUAACUGCACCUUCAGACUGUGGCCACAAAUACUCCGUGCUACGCAGAGCAGCUUUUUACUACUCUGUGUGCAAAAGCUGUAUCACACAAUUAUACAGCGUUAAGCAAAACUAAAAUGAAUUAAGCAAUGACCAUCUCAUCAUUAGAAAACUUGUUACAGCUACGCAAGCUAAAACAGACGGAGCCUGACGAGGGUGGUAGUGUUGAACCAUGUGAAUGUGGUUCUGCUGCGGGAGGACGCUGGUGGCUGUAAAUUGGCGGUUUCACACGCAGAAUUGGGACGUUUUGUGGGGAGGAGUCGGCGCCAUCCCUGUUUACGGGAAGUGCUGUGCUGUGACUGCUGAUGCGGGGUCCUGCAACACCCACCCGGCGCGGGGCAGCCCCCGGGAGAGUGGGGCCGAAGCUGGCUGGGCUGCAGCUCACGCUCCCCACGUGUGCCUGGAGCAGGACAAGGACGGUCCUGCAGCGGCUGUCUGGAUCUCAUCCCCCUCCUUGCAUGCACCAAUAGCCCUGGCUUGCCAGGACACCGCCGCUAACCAGCCUGCCGGUUUCUGUUGGUGUUUCAGAGUCUCCUUCCACAGCCUCCUAGUGAAGAUGCAGGCAGACUCCAUUCUUCACAGCGGCUACUUCCACCCUGUGCUACGCUCCUGGCAGUGUACAGCAACCACCUUCGAUGCCUCCAACCUCAUCUACCCCAUUUUUGUCACUGACAGCCCUGAUGCAGUGGAGCCGAUCCCCAGCCUCCCUGGACAAGCCAGGUACGGAGUCAACAAGCUGGAGGGGAUGCUGCGUCCCCUCGUCGAAGAUGGUCUGAAGUGUGUGCUCAUCUUCGGGGUGCCCAGCAGGGUCCACAAGGACGAGAGAGGCUCCGCCGCUGAUGCGGAGGACACGCCUGCCAUCCAGGGAAUCAAGAGGAUCCGCUCCACCUUCCCAGAGCUGCUCAUAGCCUGCGAUGUCUGCUUGUGCCCUUACACCUCCCACGGGCACUGCGGCAUCCUGCGUGAAGACGGCACCAUCCAGAACGAGAUCAGCUGCCAGCGGCUGGCCGAAGUGGCGCUGGCCUAUGCCAAAGCAGGCUGCCACAUCGUUGCCCCCUCAGAUAUGAUGGAUGGGCGCAUCGCGGCCAUGAAGAAGGCGCUGAUCUCCAAUGACUUGGGCAACAAGGUCUCAGUGAUGAGCUACAGCGCCAAGUUUGCUUCGUGCUUCUACGGUCCCUUCAGGGACGCUGCGCUAUCCAAGCCCGCCUUCGGCGACAGGCGAUGCUACCAGCUGCCCCCAGGCGCCAGGGGCCUGGCGAUGCGCGCUGUGGACCGGGACGUGCGUGAGGGAGCGGACAUGCUGAUGGUGAAGCCAGGGAUGCCCUACCUGGACCUCGUGAGGGACGUCAAGGCUCGAGUUUCCCCUAGUCCUGAGCUUUACUGA